GCUUCCGGUGGCGGGCGGGUGCUUCCGGAACGCGGGAAGGCUCAAGUAGUGGCCACGGCCGGGGCUGCCGGCAUGGACUGGACUGAUUUUGGAAAUGUGGCAUCCCCACAAGAUGCGGAGAUGACUAGGCCUGCUCGAAAACAGAGUUCUCAAAAAAGAGUUUCUAGUAUCCUUUCUCUGUCAAGGUCUUGCAUCCUUGGAUGACAGUCCUGGUAGUGUAACACCAAAGAACCAAUUGGUUCCCCAAACUCCGGUAUCAUUAUUUCAUCACCCCUUUACUUCACAAACUCGAAGUUCCAUGAAGCAGCCAGAUGCAUCUGCCUUCUUGGGAACAGUAGGGAAAUCGCCUCAACUUAUGCAGACUACUGGAUUUUAUGGCAAUUUGUCUAUGAUGGAUGAGAGUAAUUGGACAGUUGCACUCACGCCUCACCGUACAGGAAUAUUUGCAAACUUGGACUUGUCCAAUAUGACUGAAGAUAUCACAAUGAGUGCUGUGCUGUUGCGUGAAGAUGAUCCUGGAGAAGCUGCUACGAUGAGCAUGUACUCGGAUUUUCUGCAUUCCUUUUUGAAGCACACUUCAACUACGGUCUUUGAACUUGUAGAAGAAUAUGAGAAUAUUUGUAACAGUCAGGUGAACAUACUGGGGAAAAUAGUUUACCGAGCAACUCCUGGACAGCAGAAGUUUUCAAAAACUGCCAGUGUGCUGUGGCUUCUCAAGCAAGAAAUGGUAACAUGGAGACUGCUCUCCUCACUCUAUAGAGAUAGAAUACAGUCUGCCCUAGAAGAUGAAACUGCAUUUGAUAUUGCAGUUCUAAAUGCUAGUGAAAAGAUGGCCGUGAGCAUCUUAUUUCAGAAGGAUUCAUUGGUUCGACAGAGCCAGCUGGUGGUAGAUUGGUUAGAGAGCAUUGCCAAAGAUGAAAUUGGAGAUUUUUCUGACAACAUUGAGUUUUAUGCAAAAUCUGUGUAUUGGGAGAACACUCUACAUAUCUUGAAGCAGAGACGCCUAAACACACAUGUUGGAAGCAGUCGGCCCCUGGUAACUGAAUUAGAUCCAGAUGCUUCCAUAAGACAGAAAAUGCCACUUGAUGACUUGGAUCGGGAAGAUGAUGCAAGGUUACUCAAGUACCUUUUCACACUUAUCAGAGCAGGAAUGACAGAUGAGGCACAACGCCUGUGCAAACGAUGUGGUCAGGCCUGGAGAGCUGCAACACUUGAAGGAUGGAAAUUGCAUCAUGAUCCCAACAUAAAUGGAGGAACAGAGCUGGAACCGGUGGAAGGGAAUCCAUACAGAUGCAUUUGGAAAAUAAGUUGUUGGCGAAUGGCGGAAGAUGAUCAGUUUAAUAGAUAUGAGAGAGCAAUCUAUGCAGCACUCAGUGGGAACCUCAAACAGCUUCUUCCAGUUUGUGACACCUGGGAAGAUACAGUUUGGGCAUAUUUCAGGGUUAUGGUGGACACUCUUGUAGAACAGGAAAUCCGUACAUCAGUAAUGAGCACAGAAGAGAUGGAAGAACUCCCCAGAGAGUAUUUAGAGACAAACUGGACAUUAGAAAAGGUUUUUGAAGAACUGCAGGCUACAGACAAAAAGAGAGUUUUAGAGGAGAAUCAAGAACACUAUCAUGUGAUUCAGAAAUUCAUUAUUUUGGGAGAUGUAGAUGGUUUGAUGGAUGAAUUUAACAAGUGGCUCUCCAAAGACAGAAGUGUCCUCCCAGGGCACCUCCUUCGGUUCGUGACGCAUCUCAUUCUAUUUUUCCGCGCUCUGGGACUUCAGACAAAGGAAGAAGUUUCUGUUGAAGUCUUAAAGACCUACAUUCAGCGAAUGAUGGCUGAGAAGCACACAGAUCUGAUAGCCUUCUACGUCAGCCAUUUGCCUCAGGAGCUCGCUGUUGCUCAGUAUGCUGUAUUCUUGGAAGAUGUCAUGGAAACUGAGCAACGCCAUCACUGUCUUGAACUAGCAAAGGAAGCAGGUCUGGAUGUUGCAACCAUAACAAAAACAGUUGUUGAAAACAUUCGCAAGAAAGAUGCUGGCGAGUUCACUCACCAUGACCUUGCUCUAGAUAGUGGCACAACAGAGGAGGAUCGCUUGAAGAUAGAUGUAAUUGACUGGCUGGUGUUUGAUCCUGCACAGAGGGCUGAGGCACUUAAGCAAAGCAAUGCUAUAAUGAGGAAGUUCUUGGCAUCCAAAAAACAUGAAGCAGCAAAAGACGUGUUUGUGAAGAUUCCACAUGACUCCAUAGCAGAAAUAUAUAAUCAGUGGGAGGAACAAGGAAUGGAUAGUCCUCUUCCACCUGAAGAUGAUAAUGCUAUAAGAGAACAUUUAUGUAUUAGAGCAUAUCUGGAAGCCCAUGAAACCUUCAACGAAUGGUUUAAACAUAUGAACUCAGCUCCACAGAAACCUACACUGCUGUCACAAGCAAGCUUCACUGAGAAAGUAGCUCAUGAACAUAAAGAGAAAAAAUAUGAGAUGGAUUAUGGAAUUUGGAAAGGUCUCUUGGAUGCACUAACAGCUGAUGUAAAAGAAAAAAUGUAUAAUGUCUUGCUGUUUGUUGAUGGAGGAUGGAUGGUUGAUGUUAGAGAGGAUGCUGUAGAUGAUCCUGAACGAACACAUCAAAUGAUCUUGCUGAGAAAGCUGUGCCUGCCCAUGAUGUGCUUUUUACUUCAUACAGUUCUACACAGUACUGGGCAGUAUCAGGAAUGUCUGAGGCUGUCUGAUACUGUCGCUUCUGAGCGGCAUAAACUGUACAUGGUGUUUUCUAAGGAAGAACUCAAGAAGCUACUACAGAAGCUAAGGGAAUCUUCUAUAAUGCUUUUGGACCAGGGUCUAGAUCCUCUGGGAUAUGAAAUUCAGUCAUAGCUCUAGAAUAUAUUGACAGAACUUCUGCACAGGAAGUUUGGAUAUCAUAUUCUGUUUGAAAAAGUAAAUAUAUUUAUCAGGUUUAGGGGACUGUAAUGUCUUGACAUUUGUAAAAUAAAAUAAUUGAAAUUUGAACUUUUGUAUUGGAAAAAUGCUGACUUAAGCUGCAUAGAUAACAUAACAUUGGCCAUUCAGCAUUUUUUAGUAUGUCUUUUUCCAAUAAAAUUGCUGACAGGCACAAA